CUCAGUUGAGGGUGAUGUUAUUCUGCAAAAAUGCAAUUCGAAACGAAGAAGAAGAAGAAGAAGACGAGUUUCAGUUACAACGUUGUGGGUGAAAAGCUGAAGCUGAUUGAUAUAUCUUCAGAGGACGAUUUCCUUAUCGAUUCCCCUUUGUUUGAUUCUCUUGAAGACCUUCGACUUUCAGUAACGUGGGAUAAUAGUAAGGAGAAUGAGGGUUCUAAGGUUUCAGGCAAUGGAACUUCUUCCAGGAGCAGUGUUGCAGAAGAACUGUUGCAGAGGCAACAGAACAAGCUUUCAUCAAUGGAGUCUGGAAGACCUAGUUACUUGCGUAAAAGUUUGGCGUGGGAUAAGGCUUUCUUCACCAAUGCCGGUGUCUUAGAUGCUGAUGAAUUAUCACUCAUAAGCAAUGGAGCCUGUCAGCUGCCUGAAACUCAACAAGAUGUCCGUGAAAGAAGACCAGAAGGCAGUUCAAAUGAUGAUCAUCUCUCAGUUAACACCAUUUUAUCCUCCAAGGAAGAUGGAAUCAGUUCUGGGAAUAUGAUCAAGUCUGCAGCAGCUUCCAAAAAGGAUCCAAUCAAUAUUCCAAGAUUGGAGAGAACUAAAACCAAGAUUAAUGGAGAGCUCAACUUGCAGUCGCUCAAGCCGCCUAAGGUAUUGACGACAAAGAUGAAAAAUGGUUCUUCUGGGCACAGGAAAACAGGUUCAGUGGGUGGUUUCCAGGCCAAAAUGCAAGAAUCGAAGACAGCUAGAACUGCACAAGCUUUGUUGGCUCCAAAGAAAUGUGGUUCUGGGACUGGGACUGGGAGUUCAUGCAGUACAGUUCGAUUUUCAUCAUCAACUCCAACAGUUUUUGCGUCUGUUUCUUCCAUACCCAAACGUGAUUCGUCCACAAAAGCUUCUUCUUCUUCUUCUUCUUCUUCAACCAUUCUGAAAAACAGGGCAGGAUCCAGAAAGACUAAACUCUCUACCUCUGUUUCAACCUCACUUGGAAGUACACAUCUGAAAAAUCUCAUCAGUUUCUCAAUCCCAAACAAACCUCGAUACAAAUCUCCUCCUGCAAGCUCCUCCACCAAGGCUGCAGUGGCGUCUCCCAUUGAUGGCACUCCAAAAGCUUCUGACUUGAGCAGCCUGCAAACUCCAAAACGCUUCAUUUCUCAGGAAACAAUAUCCACACCGAGUCAACUCGGUGAACAAGCAGUAUUGGGACCUGCUGCUUCUUCUGCAGGGAAACCUUCCAGUCUUCGUCUGCCAUCUCCAAAGAUUGGCUUCUUUGAUGAGGUGAGGCCAAAAGCAAGUAGAGUGUUGAAGUUUGAAAUAGGACAGGCAAGCAAAGGGUGUGCAGAAGAAGGCAAAUCUGCAGGGAAAGCUCUGAAGCCACAAGCAGCUAAAACUCCUGUCGGAAACGGUAAACUGAAGAAUGUUUCAACUCCUCGUCGUCAGCUCCGAAGUUGUGCAUCUUUCAGGCUAGCAAGUUCUUCAUUUCUCCCUGAAAACUCUCCGGAGUGUGACCGUGAAAUCUUCUGCAAGUCAAGAAAAGUGGGCGCCGCCGGGGAACACGAAAGGAGAAGCGUGGAGGUGGUCGGAAGUGGCGCCGUUAAAUCAAGAAAGAAAAGGGCAGGAGGAGAAGUCGGCGAUUUAAGCAGGCGGUUGGAGCUCAUUGAUUUAUGGGAUGACCUAAAGAUAGACUGUCAAUGGCGGCAACAGCCUCACGGUGAAAAAUCUACAUCUCCUUUCUGUUCAAGAACUCCCCUUGCAGAUAAAACUCGUCUCUGCAACGUAGUGGAGACGAAGAAGCCUCCAUCUUUCCCUUCUUCAUCACAAAACACUGAUAAAGAGAACAUCUGAGCUCUCUCAUCUCAUCUG